AUGACGCAGCUACGGGCAGGUCACAUUCCACUCAAUUUCUAUCUCCACCGCAUCAAGAAGUCACCAACCAGGUGCUGCGAAUCUUGUUGGGGCAUCGCAAGAUCAGAGGUCACAGAGACGGUAGUGCACUUUCUGUUCGAAUGUCAGGUGUACACGGCGGAGAGGUAUGACAUGGACAGAGCCUUGGGACGAUGGUCGAGGGAUCUGCAGGGUAUUAUGGAGAGCCUUGAGAGGGUGAAGGAGUUACUGAAGUAUGUUGGAAGGACGGAGAGGUUCAAGAAGACACUUGGGGGCACACUCGGUGAUGUUUCCCAUCUGGAUUCUGAGGAAGCCUGA